AAUAAAAUUAUUAGAUUAAGUUUGCUGUUAUUUCCAUUUUAACAUUCCCUUAAUUUUGCCAAGACAGUUGUAAUUGAUGAAUAAAGUUUAUUCAUUUUUUUUAUUUAUUAAUUAUUAGAGGAUUUGUCAUCCCAAUUUCGUUGUCUAAUUUGCUAUUAAUUACUGCAAAUUAAAAAUAUAUUAAUUAAUUAAGCAAAAUUAGCAAUUAACUAUGCAUGCAUUGCAUAUGGGACCAGCUAGUGAUUUCUCUCUCAUCAUCAUAAAUGUCCUGUACUUUAUUACAACCUUAAUUUCCUCGAUACAUUUACAUACACACAUAUAUUAUUUUUUUUUUUGUUUGUUUUGCUUUCUGUUUUUUGUUUGUUACAAACAUUAAUUAAUUAAUAAUAUUUAUAUAUAUGCAGGAAAAGGGCCCUAUUGAAGUUGGAGAAUAAUUUUUCUCUCUUGGUUUGGGAUUAAUUAAAAUAAAAAAAAAUGAGUGGAAUAAUAAUUAAUAAUAAUAGUACUAUUUCUUCUUCUUCUUCUUCUUCUUCUAAUUCUUCUUCAGUACAUGCAAUGAAAGCAACCUCAAAUGGGGUUUUUCAGGGUGAUAAUCCUCUUGAAUAUGCACUUCCAUUAGCCAUUGUUCAAAUAGUUCUUGUUCUUAUACUCACUCGAUUUCUAGCUUUCCUUUUUAAGCCAUUGAGACAACCUCGUGUCAUUGCUGAAAUUGUUGGUGGAAUAAUACUUGGGCCUUCAUUAAUUGGAAGAAAUACAAAAUUUUUGAACACAAUUUUCCCAGCAAAAAGUCUAACAGUGUUAGAUACCUUAGCCAAUCUUGGUCUUCUCUUCUUUCUAUUCCUUGUUGGGCUUGAAUUAGACCUUAAAGCCAUAAAAAAGACUGGAAAGAAAGCUCUUUGUAUAGCUGCAGCUGGCAUUAGUCUCCCUUUUGUACUUGGAAUUGGGACAUCUUUUGCUCUUAGGGCAACAAUUUCCAAAGGAGUUGAAAAGCUUCCUUUCAUUGUGUUUAUGGGAGUUGCUCUUUCAAUUACAGCUUUCCCUGUUUUGGCUCGGAUUUUAGCCGAGCUCAAGCUCUUAACCACUGAUGUUGGCCGAAUGGCUAUGUCGGCUGCAGCUGUUAAUGAUGUCGCCGCUUGGAUUCUUCUCGCUCUUGCCAUUGCACUCUCAGGGGAUUCGAGUUCUCCAAUGGUUUCUUUGUGGGUUCUCUUGUGUGGCACGGGUUUCGUAGUUUUCUGUUAUUUUGUUAUUCCUCCAAUCUUUAGGUGGAUGGCGAAGAGAUGCCCCGAGGGAGAGCCAAUUAAAGAAUUGUAUGUUUGUGUCACGUUUGCUUUAGUUUUGGUGGCCGGUUUAGCGACCGAUGCUGUUGGAAUUCAUGCUCUUUUCGGUGCUUUCGUGGUUGGUAUUCUUGUCCCGAAAGAAGGGCCAUUUGCUGUGGAUAUGGUGGAAAAGGUUGAGGAUCUUGUGUCUAGUCUCUUACUUCCUUUGUACUUUGUAUCAAGUGGGUUGAAGACCAAUGUUGCUACAAUAAGUGGGGCUCAAUCUUGGGGCCUCCUUGUCUUGGUGAUUUUGACUGCUUGUAGUGGAAAAAUUCUUGGUACCUUAGGUGUUUCUCUCCUAUGCAAAAUCCCAUUUCAAGAUUCUUUGGCUUUGGGGAUUAUAAUGAAUACUAAAGGUUUAGUGGAGAUCAUUGUUCUCAACAUUGGCAAAGAUAGAAAGGUACUUAAUGACCAAACCUUUGCAAUCAUGGUUUUAAUGGCCAUAUUCACAACUUUCAUCACAACUCCAAUAGUGAUAGCAGUGUACAAGCCAAUUAGAAAGACAAGUAAAUCAAUUUCAAAGGACAGAUCAAUUGAGAAGAAGAAAGACACAAAAACAGAACUAAGAAUUAUGGCAUGUUUUCACAACAUAAGAAAUGUACCUUCAAUGAUUAAUCUCAUUGAAGCUUCAAGAGGAACAGAAAAGAAAGAAAAGCUCUGUGUUUAUGCAUUGCAUUUAAUGGAACUUUCAGAAAGAACAUCAGCAAUUCUAAUGGUUCACAGGGCAAGAAAAAAUGGCUUGCCAUUUUGGAACAACAACAACAACAAAAACAAUGAUUGUGACAAAAUCAUUGUUGCUUUUGAGGCAUUUCAACAAUUGAGCCAAGUUUCAAUUCGUCCAAUGACAGCAAUCUCAACUUUCACAACAAUGCAUGAAGACAUAAUCAAAAGUGCUGAUAGAAAAAACACUGCAAUGAUAAUUUUACCAUUUCACAAACACCAAAAAUGGGAUGGAACAUUUGAGACAACUCGGGCCGAAUUUCGUGUUGUUAACAAGAGAGUUCUUGAACAAGCUCCUUGCUCAGUUGGUAUCUUUGUAGACAGAGGACUUGGUGGGACAACACACAUUGCAGCUAGCAAUGUUUGUUCUGAAUUAACCGUUGUGUUUUUCGGUGGGAGUGAUGAUUGUGAAGCUCUUGCUUUCGGGUUAAGAAUGGCCGAACACCCCGGAAACUCCUUAAAGGUUGUUCAUUUCUUACCAAGUUCAAAACUUUUGAAUGAUGAUGGUAAAGAUAAUGUGAGAGUAGAUGUUGUUAGUAGUGAAAAUGAAAACAACAAGGCGAUUUUCGAGGUGAAGGAGAAGAGUAGUAAAGACGAUUCGAUCGAAUAUGUAGAGAGAUUUGUGGAUAGUUUUAGGGAUGUUGUAGAGGGUGUUAGAGAUUUUAACCGUUGCAACUUGUUUUUGGUUGGAAGAACAGCUCAAGGUGUGAUUGGUGAGUGUUUGAGUAAUAGUAAUGUGAGUGUGAAGAGUGAAUGCCCUGAACUUGGGGCUUUAGGGAAUUUGUUGGUUUCAUCUGAAUUCUCAACUACAGCAUCAGUUUUGAUUGUUCAACAACAUCAAAAUCAUCAAAUGUUUUCAACCCCAACAACCUCUAAUCCCACUAAUGAUCAUAAGGUUGAGGUUGUUUCUGAGUAGUUGUCCUUUAAAAACAACAACAAUGUAUGUUUACAAAUUUCAAUAAUGGCAUGGUCUCAUGAUGAUUUCAAGUUUUA